AUGGCGUCUCAGAAUCAGCGUUACAGAGCCGGUGAAGCCAAAGGCCAAGCUGAAGAGGAAACCAAACAGACCGGCAGCUACAUGUCGGAGAAGGCCGGAGAGGUAAAAGAGAAGGCGUCGCAGAUGGAUCAGUCUACAAAAGAGACGGCGGCGGUCGGGAAAGAGAAGACCGGAGGGUUGAUGAAGCGGACAGGUGAGCAAGUGAAGAGUAUGGCACAAGGUGCUGCUGAUAAGAUGAAACAGUCAUUUGGUAUGGCCGGCAGCGGCGAGGAGGAGGAUGAUGAGUUGGUGCUGGGUCGUGGGUGA